ACCUCCUGCACCCGAGAGCCUCAACUCCUACUUCAUGGACGUGAAGUGCCCGGGGUGCUUCAAAAUCACCACCGUGCUCAGCCGCGCGCAGACGGUGGUGCUGUGUGUGGGCUGCUCCACUGUCCUGUGCCAUCCGACAGGAGGAAAAGCAAGGCUCACAGAAGGAUGCUCCUUCAGACGGAAGCAGCACUAAAUGCACCCUGAGUCAACAUGAGUGGGGAACUAUCCCAAUAAACAGAUUUUGGAU